AUGGAACAAGAUCAUGCAGGUCCUGUUGAUUUAUUGUUUCUCCUAUGUCGUGUGUGUGCUACCCAAGCCUGCGGGUGCCCCCUUUCCCUCCCUGAGAAUACAAGCCCCUUAGGGCUUCUUGUGUCUUUUUUUUCACAGCUGUGUCCCCAGGACCUUGUGCAGUGCUUGGCACGUGCUCAGGGGGCCAACGGCACUCUGGAGAACCCGGCCCUGGAUACAACCCUGUUGGAGGAGUUCUUGGGCAGUGACUUUGAUUUGGGGGCCUUGCAACGCCAGCUCCCAGACACCCUACCCUAUUCUGCAUCAGACUCAUACUGUACUCCUCAGGUCAAAGGUGCGCGCUCCCGGACCCCGGGGCCCGGCGCUGGGAAGACGCGGGCUCCCUCUCUGCGCUCCGCCGCCGCGCCCGGGAUGCCGUCCGCGCGCCCCCUGCACGGCACCGCUGGAGAGGGCGACCCCGGCCAAGCCCACGGCGGCUCGCACAACUGCUACCCAAACACCGGUCAUCCCGCCACCCCCCUGGACCAAUGCGUGUCCUGCCCGCCGGGGAUCAGUGGCUCCUACCAUCGGCAGCCUCUGUGCCACAGCCCUGGGGUGGUAAAAGAGUAAAGGCCAUCAAAAAUUGUGGUAAAACUCCGUGUGAAAAAACUUUUCAGGUGUAAAAGGUAU